AUGAGCGACAACGAAGGGCCGAUGAACCGCGUGGCGUGCGCGUCGUGCAAGCACCAGAGGAAGAGGUGUCAAGAGAGUUGCGUCAUGGCGCCGCACUUCCCGCAGCGCCUGACAGACGAGUUCCAAGCAGUGCACAAGAUCUUCGGCAUCGCCAAUGUGACGAGGACGAUCAAGGCCCUGGAUUUCGGGGGACAGCGGGAGGCGAUCAAGUCGUUUAUCUGGGAGGCGAUGGCGUGGGACCAAGACCCGGUCCGGGGGCCUUACCGGGAGGUGGAAAGGUUGCGGGACAGGAUCAGGUCCCUGGAGGAACAGAAGCAGCAGCAAGAGGCUGUCAUCCAAAACAUGCAGCGUCAACUUUUAUCGCAAUGGGACAGUGGCGUGGUGAAUUUCAGCCCCGACAACGCGACAUUAAUGGCGGAAUCAUCGGCCAGGAAUGUGAUUAACUACGCUAGUGUUAUCGAAGAAAAAGACGGGAGUGGAUUAAUGGGUACUGGGUUUGUUCAAGGAAGAGGGUUUGUUCCAGGCGCGAACCCUAGUGAUUUCAACUAUCACAGUGGUUCUUUUGGACAAGAACUGCAAGAGAGAGGAAGAGGGAAUAGUAGUAGUGGUGGAGCUAUUUAUAGCGGUGGUUUUGGACAAGGGAGAGGGAGGGGAUUCGGCGGUGCUUGGAGGAGUACAGCUGCUGUUGGACAGAAUAAUAGCAGUAUUGCUAGUGGUGUUUUGCUUCAGUAA